AUGGCGGUCCAGCACGGGGACUCGUUAGGUGCGACAAUGAGGGCCCAGAAAUCUCCACAGCACAGUCGACGACACAAGUAUUCUGUACAGAAUACACUAGAGUGCAAACCCCCAGUCCUCCUUACUAGCGUUUGCAACAAGCAGUCCGUAACUGCGUAUUAUACCUGUAUUGCACAUUACACUCCAGCUUUCCUGAUCAGAUGCACGGGCACCGCAAGCUUCAAAGAACAACACAUGGCAAUAACAUCGGAGAAGGAAAAGAAAAGAAAAGAUACACACAGAUGGCAAACGGGCCCAGAAUGGUGA